UCCCAUUGGGCUCUUUUCUCUCUAUCAAACCCAAGUCUGCGUUUCUGCUUCGCCUAGUCUUCGAUCACCGUCUCAGUCUUCUUUCUUCGACGCAGACGUAGCCAUGGUUCUUCUACAGCCAGAUCCGUUCCUUAGUGAACUUACCAGCAUGUUUGAGAAAAGCACUGAGAAAGGGUCUGUUUGGGUUACCUUCAAAAGAUCAUCUUUGAAGUCCAAGGUACAGAGGAAUAAAAUGAAAACUGCUGGUCAAGCAAUUGACUACCGAUGCCUUAUCCGUGCAACAUAUGGGAACAAGACAAUAUCUACUUCGGUUGGAGCAAAGGAACAUCAGCGAUUUCAAGCUUCUUAUGCAACUGUCCUUAAGGCUCACAUGACUGCUCUAAAGAAGCGGGAGAGGAAGGAUAAGAAAAAGGCUGCGGAGAAGAAAAAAGGGGGUGCAAAGAAGGCCAAGACAGAUCCCAUGGUCAUAGCCUAAUGCCUACACUUGAUUUUUGAUUAAAUUAUUGUUGCGGAAAAACUCUUCUAGGACUUUUCAAAUAGAUAUGGGGAAAAAAAAAUUCCAGGGAUUGUACAUAAUGGCUUUUUGAUAAUAUGUCAUUCCUGCUGGAUAUGGUCUUGGUCUUUUGUUAUAAUGAUAUUUUCUUUUUAGCUUUGGAUGGUAAAUGCAAUGUUUGCAUGGAUUGAUGUCUAAA